GGCCUCCAUUUGUGGGUUUCUUCCUGCAAAGCAAACAACAGAAUUGAAUACGCUGACACAGCUUUCGAUCGACACUCCACCACGACUUUGAGGACACUUGCAAACCCCCUUCGUCUCCGAGAUGUCUGAGGCACAUCACUCCCCCUCUCCCCCACGAAAGAUGCACGACGAUGACGGCCACGGCAAACCCCACAAGCCCAUGCUCCACCGCUACGCGCCCUCCCACCACCACCCCGGCCGCCUAGCCCUCUUCGUCCUUCUCCUCCUCCUCCUGCUCGCCGGCGUCACCGCGCUCGUCGUCUACCUCGUCUACCGCCCUUCUCGCCCACGCUUCUCCGUGACUAGCGCCGCCAUCUACAGCCUCUCCAACGCCACCACCGUCGCGCCCGUCGCCGCCAUCUCCUCCGCCAUGCAGUUCACCCUCCUCAUCCGCAACCCGAACGACCGUUCCUCCAUCAGCUACGAGCGCCUCGCCACCUACGCCACCUACCGCGGCCAGGCCAUCACGCUGCCGGCCCCGCUCCCGCCGCUGUUCCAGGAGCGGGACAGCGAGGUCUCGGUGUCUCCCCUGCUGGGCGGGUCGCCCGUGCCGGUGUCGGGCGACGUGGCAGCGGGGCUGGCCACCGACCAGGCCUACGGGGUGGUGGCGCUGAGGCUGGUGGUGCUCGGUCGGCUGCGGUUCAAGUCGGGACCGUUCGACAGCGGCUGGCACAGCAUGUACGUGCGGUGCGACGUGCUCGCCGGCUUGAAGACCGGAGUCCCUGGUCAGGUCCCGCUGCUCGGCACGCCGGUAUGCGACGUCGACAUCUGAUCUCAAUUUGCGUGCAUCUUAAUAAACGGAAUUAUAGUCAUGCGAGUGAAUAACGGAAUGACAUGGAGAAGAUAUAGCAGAAAUACUUAUAUAUGAUAAGCAGGUAAACAUCC